CGUUCGCCGCGGCCAUCGCAUUCGUUUGUGGGCUUACACAGAGUUUGGUGAAAAUCGUUUUACGCUACGAGCUUUAUUGCUUUAUUUAAUAUUUCAUACAAGACAUUUUAUAAAAAUCAUUCAAAAUGAGGGAAAUCGUGCACAUCCAAGCUGGUCAAUGUGGUAACCAAAUAGGAGCUAAGUUUUGGGAAAUCAUCAGCGAUGAGCACGGAAUUGACCCAACUGGAGCCUACCACGGAGACUCGGAUCUUCAAUUGGAGCGUAUCAACGUCUACUACAAUGAAGCAUCCGGUGGAAAAUACGUACCACGCGCCAUCCUCGUCGACUUGGAGCCUGGUACCAUGGACUCUGUUCGUUCCGGACCAUUCGGACAGAUCUUCCGACCCGACAACUUUGUCUUCGGACAGUCUGGAGCUGGUAACAACUGGGCCAAGGGUCACUACACCGAAGGUGCUGAGCUCGUAGACUCAGUUCUCGAUGUCGUACGCAAGGAGGCCGAAAGCUGCGACUGCCUUCAAGGAUUCCAACUGACCCACUCCCUUGGUGGUGGUACUGGAUCCGGUAUGGGUACUCUCCUGAUCUCUAAGAUCCGUGAGGAAUACCCCGACAGAAUCAUGAACACUUACUCUGUCGUACCAUCCCCAAAAGUAUCUGACACCGUUGUCGAGCCCUACAACGCAACUCUCUCAGUCCACCAGUUGGUCGAGAACACCGACGAGACCUACUGUAUUGACAACGAAGCCCUCUACGACAUCUGUUUCCGUACAUUAAAAUUAUCUACACCAACUUACGGUGACUUGAACCAUCUUGUAUCACUUACCAUGUCUGGUGUUACAACUUGUCUCAGGUUCCCAGGUCAAUUGAAUGCCGAUUUACGUAAACUUGCCGUCAACAUGGUACCAUUCCCACGUCUCCACUUCUUCAUGCCCGGUUUUGCACCACUUACAUCACGUGGUAGCCAACAGUACAGAGCUCUCUCAGUACCAGAGCUUACACAACAAAUGUUUGACGCCAAGAACAUGAUGGCUGCUUGCGAUCCACGACACGGCAGAUACUUGACCGUUGCCGCAAUCUUCCGUGGACGUAUGUCGAUGAAGGAAGUUGACGAACAAAUGCUUAACAUUCAAAACAAGAACAGUUCAUACUUCGUUGAAUGGAUUCCAAACAACGUUAAGACUGCAGUCUGUGACAUUCCACCACGUGGAUUAAAAAUGUCAGCAACAUUUAUUGGUAACUCAACAGCCAUCCAGGAACUUUUCAAACGUAUCAGCGAACAAUUCACUGCUAUGUUCAGAAGAAAGGCUUUCCUCCAUUGGUACACUGGUGAGGGUAUGGAUGAAAUGGAAUUCACUGAGGCUGAAUCAAACAUGAACGACUUGGUGUCUGAGUACCAACAGUACCAGGAGGCUACCGCUGACGAGGAUGCUGAAUUCGACGAGGAACAAGAAGGCGAAGUUGACGAAAACUAAAUUUAAAUUUUACCUCGUCUUUUUUUUUACCUAUCCACAUUCAAUGCACGUGUUCUAUCACGUACACGCUUCUUAAUUAUUAUUAUUAUUAUUAUAAUUAUAAUUUUUCCUCCAAUUACUCGAUAAUUUCUAUAUAUAUAUUUUUCUUUUGUACGGACAAUGAUUAAUUUUUUUUUUUCGACCAAGUUUAAACAAUAUGACGCAUUUAUGUUUAUAUAAUUCCGUCUUAAUUUGUUGCUUACUUUAUAUAUAUGUAUUAAAUAAUAAAUGAAAAAAUUAAAUUAAUUUUCACCAAAAGCUUGAUGUAAAAGAAGUCGUGACUAUGCAGUGUAUUAAUAGGUAACGUUAGUUACCUGCGUCAUCUUUUAUUAAAUUAUUAUCAAAUAAAGCAACUCUUUAUUAAUAUAUA